CAUCUAUUGGGAUAAUUCAUUUGGAAGUAGGCCUAGGCCAACCAGCAUCAAUCUAUCAACACACAACCGGAUCGCCGAAUCUGAAACAUUAUUUGAACACAAACAGUUUUAGCAUGCUGCGAAACGUUCUUUUCAGUUCACUGAAGACCUCAGUAUUUGGUCGUACACAAACGACAUGUGUCAAUGCAGUUUUUAAUAAACGGUCAUUCUGUGCCCGGCCAGAGAUUGGUCAAGCUGAAAAACUGACCGACAUUGGUACACGUAGGAUAAUGACAUCAGAUCAUGAUAUGUUCCGUCAAACUGUGCGAAAGUUUUUUCAAGAUGAAAUUGCACCUCACCAGGACAAGUGGGAAAAACAAGGUUACGUUGACCGGUGGGCCUGGGAACGAGCUGGUGAGACCGGCAUCCUAGGAGUUGAUGUCCCGGAAGAAAAGGGCGGUCUCGGAGGCGAUGUGAUGUCAGCGCACGUUGUGCUGGAAGAGCAGGUUUAUGCUAACUAUCCAGGGCCUAGCUACCCAAUUCAUGAUGUGAACCUGCACUAUGUAUUGAACUACGGUUCCAAGGAACAGCUUGAUAGAUACAUCCCUGGAUUGAUAUCCGGCAAAUUAAUCAGUGCCAUAGGAAUGACAGAACCAAGUGCUGGAAGUGACCUCCAAGGGAUCAAAACCUUUGCAAAGAAGGAUGGAGAUGACUGGAUUCUGAAUGGCAGCAAGGUCUUUAUAACAAAUGGAUACAUGUGUGAUGUUGCCAUCAUCGUUGCUGUCACAGAUCCCAACGCAAAGAAAAUAGCUCACGGAAUCAGUCUCUUCCUGGUAGAUGCCGGCAUGCCCGGCUUUCAGAAAGGACGUAUUUUACAGAAAAUUGGGCAGAAGGCAGUUGAUACGGCAGAACUAUUUUUUGAAGAUGUCCGUAUACCUCAGUGUAACCUAUUGGGUGAGGUCAACAAAGGUUUCUAUUACCUUAUGGAUCAGUUACCAAGGGAACGGUUAAUUGUAGCCAGCCUGGCAAAUGGCCAUGCUGAGUUCAUGUUUGAAGAGACAAGGAAUUAUGUCCGCGAAAGAAAAGCAUUUGGAAAAACACUUUCCAAUUUACAGACUAUUCAACACAAGUUGGCCGAGAUGAAAACCGAAAUCUGUAUAGGGCGUGCAUUCAUAGACCAGUGUAUUGAGCUGUAUGCCGAAGGACGCCUCGAUUCCUCAACUGCCUCCAUGGCAAAGUACUGGUGCUCAGACUUAGAAAACAAGGUUGCUGCGCAGUGCCUACAGUUGCACGGUGGGUGGGGCUACAUGUGGGAGUACCCAAUAGCAAGAGCCUUCGCGGAUGCCCGUGUUCAAACCAUCUACGCUGGUAGCAACGAGAUAAUGAAGGAACUUAUUGCUCGACAAAUUGUUACUGGAAAUUAAUCUUCAAAUUGGGUGUCUAGAAUUUAUUACCUCUUUUUUUGAAUGUUGUUUAGCUAAGAGCCAAAGACUUCUAUGUCCGUUGGGGGCAGGUUUCAUCGCCCUGAUACAACAUACCAUUUACUGAGACUAGUCUGUGAUUUGUUUUCAAGGCAAUGUUAAAUCUUAACUUUAUUUUUUAACAAGAUGUUUAAGAUGUUGCUUUUAAUGCUUGAUUUUUUUAUUCUUUACAUUGCCCUACUUAUUUUUGGUAGUAUUUUAGGUUCUGGCUGCUGUUUUUGACUUUCAUUUUAUGUUAUGCCUUGGAACAUGUUUACCUAGAUAAAUGCACAUUAUAAAUGCUUUAUUUAAUGAUUACCCAUCGAAAAAUCUUGUACGUCAUAAGUACUAUCUGCACAAAACAUGCCUUAUACAUUGUAUUACAUGUAACACUUUUAAUCCGAGUUGUUCUGAACUUCAAAAAUGGUACUAUAUUUUUUUUUUAUUAUUGUCUUUAUUUAAAUAAUUUAUUUGGAAAUGCAAUGAUUUGUGUGUUGUAAUUAUUUUUUAUUUAUUUUUAAUUUAUUGCAAUAUUGAUUGAUUCAUGUACAGUAUACACUCUUUGAAUUUCAAAAGUUAAUAUAAAACUAUUUUCUAAUUCAAGAUGUAAAUUAUAUUAUAUAUAUAGGUAGUAAAUAUUAUUAAGGUACUGUAUUCUGAAACCAGAUGUACUAUAUUAUCUGUCUGCUGCCCUCUAUAAUAGUGUGAUCAUUUCUACAAAUUGUCCUUAAAGUGCCCAAUAGUUGAUGAAAUCAACAAUAAAACAAUACAAAGUA